AUGGGCUUUGUCUUCAUAUCCUGGGACGAGUUCUUGCGGGGAACUCCCGCAACUUACUACAGUGGCUCUCAGACCCUCCUGCACGAGGUCCUCCAUUUCCUCGGACUAUAUCAUACCUUUCAGAAACCAAUGACAUACAAUGCACCAAAAUGCACGGACGGCGACUAUGUGGACGACACCCCUACUGUUAGCACAGUUCUGAACUAUAGCCUUAAUUGGCGUAUGGCUCGGCUGCUGUUGCUGGCUCCGAAAACCGGGAAGCGAGGGGCAAACGGUGUGACUCAGGCUGGGAUUGGGCUUUACACUGCAAGGGAGCGCGCCCACUCUUAG